AUGAAGCCUAGGGUCCUCCUGCUCCUGUGUGUUCUUGGUGAUCUCAGCCAGGCAGACAGAGAGAAGAUCACUAAUGGGGUCGAGUGUGCCCGUAACUCACAGCCUUGGCAGGUGGCACUGUUUGAGGGUGCCAACCUGCGCUGUGGGGGUGUCCUCAUUGACCCCCGGUGGGUUCUCACGGCUGCGCACUGCAGUGGCAGGUACUGGGUUCGCCUCGGGGAGCAUAGCCUCAGCAGGCUGGACUGGACAGAGCAGAUCCGGCUUAGCACCUUCUCCACGGCUCACCCCAGCUACCAGGGCUCUCUGUGGAACCACGAGCAUGACCUCCGACUCCUGAGGUUGGGCAGAUCCGUCCACCUGACCCACAGCGUCCAACCACUGCCCCUGCCCAGCACUUGUGCACCUGCUGGGACCCAGUGUCACAUCUCAGGAUGGGGGACCACCAACCAGCCAUGGAACCCAUUCCCAGACCGACUCCAGUGCCUCAACCUCUCCAUUGUCUCCAAUGACACUUGCCGGGCUGUGUUCCCAGGGAGAGUCACGGACAACAUGGUGUGUGCGGGUGGCAUCGAGGGGAAGGACGCGUGCCAGGGUGACUCUGGGGGUCCCCUGGUAUGUGGGGGAGUCCUUCAAGGUCUAGUGUCCUGGGGUUCCGUGGGGCCUUGUGGGCAAAAAGGCAUCCCGGGGGUCUACACCAAUGUCUGCAAAUACGUGGACUGGAUCCGGAUGGUCAUGAGGAACAACUGA